ACCACGUACACCGACGAUCAGAGCCGUCAAGAGUGGAUACAAGCUGGUUAGUAGCUAACGGUCUGUCAAGUCGCACACAUUGGGCUAGAAGGGGGAAGCGCAGCGGUGGAGAAGAAGGGCGACCCAAGCGCCGCUACGAAAUGGCCGGGCAACAGUUCCAGUACGACGACAGCGGCAAUACGUUUUUCUAUUUCCUAACGUCCUUCGUCGGACUUAUUGUGAUCCCAGCCACAUAUUACCUCUGGCCCCGGGAUCAGAAUGCUGAACAACUGCGUCUGAAGAGCCUGAGGAGGGUACAUGGCAGGUGUCUGUGGUACCGGCUCAGGCUGAUGAAGUCACAGCAGAGCAUUGUCCCAACACUAAAGAAAGCAGCCUUGUUAUUUGGCUGGGCUGUGUUCCUGCUCCUAGCCUACAAGGUGUCCAAGCUGGACAGAGAGUACCAGGAGUAUAAUCCAUACGAAGUCCUCAACUUGGACCCGGGUGCAUCGCUGUCAGAAAUCAAGAAGCAAUACCGUGUACUGUCACUCAAGUACCACCCUGACAAAGGUGGUGAUGAGGCCACAUUCAUGAGAAUUGCCAAAGCCUAUGCUGCUCUGACCAAUGAACAGUCACGACAGAACUGGGAAACAUACGGUAAUCCAGAUGGUCCAGGAGCAACCAGCUUUGGUAUUGCCCUGCCUGCCUGGAUUGUUGACCAGAAGAACUCAAUGCUGGUGCUGUUGGUAUAUGGACUAGCCUUUAUGGUCAUCCUUCCUGUUGUUGUGGGCACAUGGUGGUACCGCUCUAUACGAUACAGUGGCGACCAGAUCCUCAUCAACACUACCCAGCUCUUCAUGCAUUUCAUGUACAAGACACCCAACAUGAACAUGAAGCGGUUAGCCAUGGUGUUGACGGCUGCAUUUGAGUUUGACCCUCGCAGCAAUAAAGAAGCCACCAUACGACCAACAGACAACAUUGAAGUACCACAGUUAAUCCGUGAGUUGGGAAACAUCAAUGUGAAGAAGAAGGAGCCUCCAUUCUGCUAUCCUUACAGUUUGAAGGCCAGGGUCUUAGUGCUUGCUCACCUGGCACGCAUGGACGUAUCAGAGGAGAUCGAGGAAGAUCAGAGGUUUGUGGUGAGGAAGAGUCCAGCUCUCCUCCAGGAGAUGAUCAACGUGGGCUGUCAGCUUACCAUGAUGGCCAACAGCAGAGGAGGUUUCCAUGCUCCUCGACUGGUGACCAUAGAGAAUUGCAUGAAGCUGACCCAAAUGAUAGUGCAGGGUCUGCAGGAGUCAAAGUCGCCACUGUUGCAGCUGCCCCACUUUGAGGAGGAGCAUCUCCGCUACUGCAUCUCUAAGAAGUAUAAAGUUCGGAGCCUCCAGGACCUGGUGAGUCUCAAGGACUCCGACCGACGCAGCAUGUUGCGUUUCUUAGGAGAGGAGAAGUACGAUGAGGUCAUGGCUGUGCUGGGCAGCUUCCCUCACAUCACCAUGGAUACCAAACUGCAGGUCCUUGAUGAUGAAGACAGCAAUAACAUCACAGCAGGCUCUAUUGUCACAGUAACUGUCACCUUAACCAGAAAACGGAUGGCGGAGGUGUUUGAAAAGGAGCAGGAGUCAACGCCGUGUCUACCAGAGGAGGCUGCCACUACAGAGGAAGCACAAGCAGAUUCGAGUAAAACCAAAACAAAAGUGUGGCAGAACAAGAGUAAAGCGGCUAAGAAGACAGCCAAGUCCAAGAAGAAAAAAUUAACCAAGAAGAAGGCCACUCCUGCACCUGCCAAAACCAAGCAAGCCAAUGGCAACGUGGCAGGAAAUGAAGUCGUAGCAGCAUCAGCUGCAGCAGUGAAGGAGGAAGAGGAUGAGGCCUCAGACAAGGGCAGCGAGUCAGAUGAGGGCGAAGCCAACAAGGACUCUCCCAGUGAGAGAGAUGAAGACAGCGACAAACAAAGUGACACAGAGGUGGAUGAGAUAGCUGGCGAUGAUGAAGAGGAGUGGGAGGCGUUGCAGCAAAGCAUCCAGCGGCGAGAGCGGGCCCUGCUAGAGACCAAGUCAAAGGUGACACACCCCGUCUACAGCCUCUACUUCCCCGAGGAGAAGCAGGAGUGGUGGUGGCUCUACAUCGCUGACCGCCGAGACCAGACCCUCGUCUCCAUGCCCUACCACGUCUGCACACUAAAAGAUACAGAAGAGGUGGAACUGAAGUUUCCAGCCCCCUCCAAAACAGGGAACUACCAAUAUUCUGUCAUCCUCCGUUCUGAUUCCUACCUGGGACUGGACCAGAUCAAACCACUCAAGCUGGAGGUCCACGAGGCCAAGGCCAUGCUGGACAACCACCCGCAGUGGGACAUCCCCGACACGGAGGAGGAGGACGAGGAGCAGGAGGACAGCGACGGCAUCGAGGAGAGUGAAGAAGACGACGAGGACAACGACUGAAUGCGGAUAUAACCCACCCCCCUACACCCAUGGACCGGCCACCCACCCACUCCUGACCCCUCGAGCAGCGAAUGAGGAGCAGCAAAGCAGUUAAUAUACAGAGAGCCCUCCUCCUCCAUUUUAUCUUUACAAUGAUAAAACUGAGACCCCGCACCUCCAUUUCCUCUUUUUUUUUUACAGAGACUUGUUCAUUCACUUUCCGUUGCUGGCGGAAGAGAAUUCUGUGAAUACUAACCCAGGCCUGUGUGUGAGUGGAUGUGCAUGUGAGAGCAAAUGGUGUGUGUGUGUGUGUGUGUGUGUGUUUGUAACCUUGUAUGUGUUUGUACAGGUAUGAAAGAUUGACACACUGUGGACUGGAGGACCUAUUAUCUGGGCUCUUUUCUUCUUUUCUUGAGGGGGAGAGGCAAUGUAUAACAGCUAAUUCAGUUUGCAAAAUUAACAAAAAACACAUAACCUCCGUAUGGAAAUCAUGACAUCGCUCUUGCUCCUAAUUUUAAAAUCACUCAGCACCAAUGUUUUCCACACCAAUGAUACUUUCUGUUGUACACUUAAAACUACAGAAGUGUGAGCUUUAGCCCUAUUCGUUGGGGAUCACAUCCAAGUCAACCAAUGGGACGUUUGAUCCUUUAAGUGCACGGGGGCACAGUGGAAUCUUGUCAGUUUUUUUGUUUUGUUUUUCCCCACUGUCACACCAGCCAGUCACUUGUAUGUACUUCUACUCACUGUAUGUUGAAGGAGAUGUCUACAGAUGAUCUCCAGUCAGUUCUGUUUAUGAUGCCUGUUCUGCCCCUGUGAUCCAAGUCAAACUGUAUUUUUCUGAGUGAGACUGCUGUUGGAUGAAAGCAGGUGGAUCUUGAAAUUCAUUUUAUGACCUCAAAUAUAAUGGGGGGAACAUGACAAAACUUGCAGUGUUAAGAUUUGUUUGAAUUAUGAGUACUCUUCUUGUUCAUAUACUACAUAAAAGUUGUGAGUUUUCAGUCUUUUUAAGGGGCUCAGAUACUGAUAUAUAUAUAUAUAUAUAGAUAUAUACAUACUCGUGGCUUUUCAGAAAAGUGACUUCCUUUCUCUUCAUUCUUUUGUUUGUUUUUAUUUUAUAAUUAUAGCACAUUCCAGUGUAUACUCAUUGUCCAAAAAGGCCUUAUGAAAACAACUGAAAUACCACAACAUACAAGUCCUUGGGUGCCAUGCACCAGUUAUUCUUGGGAGAGCAGAAAAAAAACACUUUCUUUUGUGUUUGUAAAACUCUACAGUGUUUUUUCUUUUGUUUCAAUUUAGAAUUAGUCUCUUCAUAGUAACCUUUAGCUAUUCAGUCUUGGAAUACAUAUCACUGAUCUUGACAUAAUAAGUACAAUUUUGUCUGCUGAAAGAGGAUUAGCAGUUGUACACGACAUGUGACUGGGAUUGGAGGGUGAGGUCCCUUUCACACAGCACUCAUAAUCUGAAAAGUGUCUCAAACAAAACCCGUUUAAAGUAAUUUUUAGUGUAAGACUAAGCAUAUUCUGUCCAGCACUUUUUCCUCUUUAGUCAUUAAAGCAGAACAAGCUUAGUUUUGUAAGUACAACUGCCAUUUCAAAUGGAAAGUUUUCCCCACCAAACCUCCUGGAGGAUUUUUGUUUUUUAAUUUUUCUGUCUGAGGAAUACAGAGCAGUUCUGACUAACCAAGAGAACCCCCUUUCAUUAGUUGUUGGGGUUUUUUUUUGUCCCAGUUAAGCUGUAGUUAUAACAAAUGUAACACAUAUGUCUUUGUCUUGUUUUCUUCUAACCUUGGUUUUUACAUCUUUUAGACUCAUGAGUGCACAAAAAAGAAAAUCAGAGCUUCCUUGUGUAACUUUGGGGGCUCUUACUGUAUGUCGACGACUUGGCAGUUUUUAAAAGAAAUGACUAAUCUUUUCACCGUGAAUAUCCACACUCAACAGUUAAUUUUUAUGGUAUAUACUAGUGUGUCGUGUAAGUGUGUGAGAGAUAAAGAUAUGAAUAUCUUUGGGAAGGCUCUCCCAACAACCACAUACACACACACUCACAUGCGCGCACUCUACCCUCCUGUAAUUGUGUUCAAGGCAGGCGUAUGCUAACAGGUAAUAUUGUACUCUGAGUAUUUGUCGCUCUGCAAUAGAAUGUAGCAUCAGUGAUUUACGCUGUGUGGAGAAAAAAAAAAAACUGCAGUGAGGUUAAAUACGACACCAUCUCUCCCAUGACAGACCUUGUCCAGGCGACUGGCCGGCAGGCCGCCUCAGUUUGGAUGAACUACCCAGUGACUAUCUAUCUGCCACUUUUGUUUACAAAGGAACUGUCAUUGUAAAUGGAAAAAUAUAUUAUUUGUAUUUAAAAUCAUUUCAAAUAAAAACUUUUAAAUGA